AUGACCCGCUCGCUCUCGUCCCUGCGCGACGCCGUCGACGCCCUCCUCGAGUCGUACCUCGCCGCACUCGACGCCUACCAGUCCGCGCGCGCCCAGCUCGAAGCACACCUCAAGCGCGAGCGUCCGCCUUUGCCCAUCUCGACCUCGCGCGCGCCAAGCUCGCCCUCGGGCCCUCGCGUGUCAGCCCGCGCAGCUACGACCUGAGCGACCACGCGGCGCAGCUCGGCGUUGCGCUUGAGCCGACGACGACGGCGUCGACGACGGCCGAGGAGGAGGGCAACGACGAGGCGCACCCGCCGCAGGGUGCCGUGAGGUGGACCGUCGAGACGCGCGCUCGAGCCCCUGCUGCGGCGCCCGGCAGUGACACCGACCCUGCGGCGGCAGCGGCAACAUCGAGCACCCUGCGCCGUCGCGCUCCCCG